UGUAUCAUUUUAUUAGUUACGGAUUUUGUCUACAAACGGUGUUAGAAAUGAAUACAGCAACUCAUGCAUUAAAAAAUAGGUGGUUUGUUAGCUUUCUCCCCCUCAUUACUGCUGAAAUGGUCAACACGGAGUUUAAAGGGGAUUGGAAGAUGGCGUCUGAGCAGCUGAUGCAGCGUUUAGACUGGUUGAAGACAGUCGAAGAGGUGUGGUCUACGAUGAACUCGCUGCCGCGCAUCCAGCAGAUCGGUGUAGGCAGCACAUUCAUCAUGUCCAGAGAGAACAAAGACCCUAGUUUCGAGGCGUUUCCAGACGGAUCCCGCGUGAUAAUUAACUUCUUCAAGACACCGGGAACGGAGAAGGGAAUGGAGACUGUAAUUGCUGUUGUGCUUGGGGAGACCAUUGCACAUGAGGUGAGUGACGGUCUGGCCGUCUGCGACGUGAUUCGAAUUGUCGUUCGACCUACUCGCGAGUAUCCAGAUAUGAUACGAGUUGAGGUGUGGCUCAACGACUCUUCCUUUUCCUCAAAAGUGGUAGCGUUCAUGAAGAAGGUGCUUGCAGAGCGUGGUGUCACCAGCAACCUCUACAACAUCUCCGUGAAUUCCUUUGAAGGGGUGACGAAGAAGCAAGCAUCACUGACGCAGCGCCCUGCGGGCUUUCCGUUUUCCAAAUCCACUGAAAAGGAGGAAGCGGUGGUGAAGGUGGCGGCGGUGGAUGAGGCCGCGAAGUCUUAGGAUAAUGCUACUACUGCCGCGAGCGUGCUUGAAGAGGAUGGUUAUCAGAUUUAGUCUGACACAUAGAUGGGGUAAUAAGUAUCGUGAAUACAAACCUGUGUGAACACCAUGGUGUUGUAUUUUAUCCUUUUCUUCUAUACUCUGACGCUUACUUUCCAAACUGCUUCAUAUUACAUUUAAACAUUCGAGUGCUUAUUCUAAAUUCGUUCAGAUCUAAUUAAAACAUUUUUCCAUAAACCUUUUGUACAGCACUAUAGGGAAAAGAAGAGUGUCACAAGGAGGUAAAAAAGUAUGUUGUGAAAAAGGCGUGUACAUUUUAAUAUAUAUGUAUAUUUACUUCUAUUAGAGCAUCGUUGCAUUACCAUUAUUAUCGUUGCCGCACACAUAUCUGUUUUAUCACAAUCCACACGUUGCUUCUAUUUCCACUUUCGAAUGGUUUUGAAAUGUUAGUAACAUUAACACAAACACGCUUGAUUAAAAAUCCUUCUACGUGAAGAAUGGGAUUGAGUAUAAGUAAAAGCGAUUUUUUAUUUGCAUUAAUAGUAUUUAUUUCCACU